CGCUACCAAACACGAGAGCUUCUUCCGCCAAAAGACAACCUUCAUCAUCCCACCCAGAUCACGCCUCCUUCUACGAAACACUCUGCGAUCCUCGACUAUCUGCUAUCGUCUUUGCCAACCGUUCAUCGCGGAGCCUUUUCAGCCAGCUUGAGCGCUAGAAAUUAGCCCCAUAUCUGGGACAAUUGCGGCUCGAGGUUGCACUCGACCUGCAAGUCCCUCUUCCGCUGCCUUGGCCCAAUGCCAGCCCCUCGUCAGCAGGGCAAUAUUCCCAUUGCAAAGAAUGCAGCUCCAGCUCCCAGGCCGGUGAAUGGCAAGGCCAGACAACAGGGCGUUCGCAGGGGAGGUGGAUCGCAGCAGCCGCAACGUGCGGAUGGACAUCAGCCGGCGCCAUGGAAGAGCAGCUUAGAUGUUGCAUGGUCCUACUCUCGCUCACAGGCUCACCACCCUCAGCAGGUCGGCAUUACAUCUCCCAGCUUCACAGAGCGGAGGUGGGCCGGUCCAUCCACGGGCGUCCCCGGCAGCACAGACGAUGAUACAGAAGACGAGGAGGACUACGAGGCGUACCUAGAAGGGGACUCAGACCACACAGAGGACGUCGAUGAGGAAGAUCUAGAGGACGAUUUGGACGAAUUUGGAGUUCCGCAUCCACCGCAAACUCACGGUCACUCAAGAGGUAGAUCGCCAAGUCGAGACAGGCGGCGUAGUCCACGUGCAUCAUCAUCUAGACGCUCUUCAUCACCUUCCACUUCCACAUCGUCUCAACAUAGAACACGGCGGUCGCGUCAGGUAUCACCUGAAGAACGCAAUGGUACUUACUCGCCAAGUCGGCCUGCUUUCUCCACUACAUCGAGCGCUCGUCGAUUGCAAGACCGGCAGGUUUCACGCCUAGCGCAAGAGUCGCGAGAUACAGACGAGCGGAGCAGAUCGAGAUCUAGGAGUCCAAAGAGGGUGGCAGCGAGCAGUAACGUCUACUUGCCAGAUGCCCCUUCACUCCUGGGGAGAAGAGCGGAUUCGCAUGGGGGUUCAACCAGGGGGAGAGUCCCUCGACAGUCCAGGGAUGCUCCACGCUUACAGUCGAGCGUGAGCGAUUUCCCCCGAGUGGGCAGUCAUUACGAGCGGUACUCCAUUCGAUCUUCCUCAAAAGACGAUACAGAUCGGGCUAGGUACUCGCCAGAGAUGGGCGAGCCAGUCGUCUACCGGACAGACGAGAACACACCUCUGCUCCUCUCUCUACAGCGAUCCAAAUCUGCUGAGCCUACAAUGGAGGGGUACAGUGGUCGGAGCGAGAGAGGGAGAAGUCGGUCAACGAUUGUGCUCAACCCGGCAGAGAAUAUGGAGAGGACACGCAUACCGUCACUGGAAAGGAGUCCCACCAAGGCAAGAAAAGCUGCCGAAGCUUGGUGGGAUUGGGUGUUACAAUAUGUGGAUAAGCUAGCUCCUUGUUGUGGAAGAAGAAGGGGGUGAUGCCCAUGACUUCAGUGUAAUUUAUGCCCUUGCCAUGAGCUAGUGAAGCGUCACAAACACAGGCACCACUGGUUCGGUCACCGAUU